CGCGAGACCCGGAAACUGGACAAGAUGGAGGAAGCAGAUUGCGCGGAAUUUUCAAGUUCAGCGAAAGAAUCGUCCAAAAAUAACAAGAAACCUUCGCGUUACUGCCCGGACAGCAGUUCCAGUGACAGUGAUGAUGAUGAUGAGAGGAUAGUCGUGACUAAGAAGCCCCCUCCCAGGAGGAGGAAGUUUAACAUGAACUCCAGCGUAGCCAAGACUGGGAACCUGUACACCGGCCUGGUCAAGGACCUGUUCUCUGUCAACAUGGCCACCUUGUCAGACAAACACGACUCGGAUGAAGAGAACAAUGGUGGUAUUGUCGUAUUUGUUCCGAGCAAGUCCAAGGUGAGGAAGACCAGCCCAGAAACCUCCAACCCAGCCAUGAACUCCAGAACAGAAGACUCAACCACUUUACUGGUCCUCAGCUCUGAUGAAGAGGAGCAAAGCACAGACAUCAGGUCUCCAGAAGACAGAAGUCAUACCGGUACAUGUAUGUCCAGAGAGAGAUCGCCCUCCCCACCACCCCCACCUCCCAUGUCUUUUGACUCCCUGCUCCAUGAUGUCAACAGACUCAGGGCUACCAAGGCAAGGAAAGGCACUGAGAAGAUCCUCAGGGGUGUGGAUGCUGCACUGAGAACAGUAAGGAGAAGAGAGGAGCCAGCCGGGCUGUCCUCCCCCUCCACCAUCAGUUUGGACUGUUCCAGUCUAUCCUCACCUGGCACACCUGUGGACAGAGAGAUGACAGUUAAGGUCCGCAGCAGGUCAUCAGGGACAGGUGUGCACAGGAUCAAGAUGAGGAUGAGCGAGAAGUUUGACAAGAUUUUCAGGUACAUGUCAGAGAGAGAACAUGCACAUGUAGACAGAAUACUGCUGGUCCUCAGAGACUACACCAUACAGGCAACUGACACACCUCACAGCAUUGGGCUACACAUCGCCGAUAUCAUAGACUGUUCCAUAAGUACUGCAAGCAUGGCUGUAGAAGAAGAGGAGGAAACUUCAACAGAGGGGAAACUGGAACUGAAGAUUCAAGGCAAGGAGAGGAAGACAGAGAAAACCUUCACUGUUCACAAGUCAGAAGAGCUGAGUAGGGUGAUGCAGGAGUAUGCAGACUUCCGACAGCUUCCCCUCAACAGACUCCAGUUCAAAUUUGACGGAGAAGUCGUCUCUGCAAGCGACACCCCUGAAGACUUGGACAUGGAGGGUGGAGAGACCAUCGACGCCAGGGCCUUACAGUAGUCAGAACUUUACAGAUGUCACAAACUAUCAUGAAAGUUCAUUUGUGUUGGUAGUUACAUGUUUAAAGUUAAAACUUUUGGUCCAACACAAAAAAGUUC